GAAAGGAUUUUGCUGAAAGUAGUGAAUCUGAAGAAGAGAGGAAUGAAACAGUUAUAAUCAAUAGUAGUGUUAAAAAAUCGAAAGCCGAGAUUGCCGUUGCCGAUUCCACAACAGAAACUGCACCAAAUUUGUCUAAUAUUUUUCACGCAGUAGAUAUAAGUGAUGCCGUUUCCUGCAACAAUAUCACAAACGCUUUUGAAGUCGACUCUGUUGCAGUUGAAAAUAUUUCUUCAACCAAGACGAAUCAAGAAAGUGAAAAUGUUGUACAAUCUGACUUUCCUAUAGAACAUAGAAUUUCACUUUUAUCAAAUCAGUAUACUGAAAUAUUUGCCAAUGAAGGUGCAUUAAAUUCUAAUAGCCAGGUAACUGCAAUUAUAACACCAGAGAAUGAUGACGAAUUGGAAGAUGGUGAGGUUGUGAGUGAUGAAGAAAAAAGUUCAAAUUCGAGCAAGGAUGCUACUCUAAAUAAGGAUCAGAAUUGUAGUCAACAUUUUACCAUCCAUAGGGAUCUUUUUACCGUCAAUGUACAAGCUGAUUCAUCGCCAGCAUCAGUGCCAAAAAAUUCGGGAUAUUCUGGAAGUUCAACCGAUACAACUAAUAAAAUGCGAGAAGAAAAGAGGCUCCACAUGCUGGAAUUGGAGUUGAGAGCUCGUGCAAUUGAAGCGCUUAUUAAACGGAGUGAUAAUAAAUUAUAA